GUAUAUCUGAUAAAAUGGUAAAAUGAUAAAAUGAGUAUUGUGAUAUCGGUAGGCAUGCCAAAAAUUAUUUAACGGAUCGAUUUUAGCGUCAGUGUUGUGUCGGUAUUCUUACGAGUGAGAUUGUUAAUUAUUAAAUUUUCGUUAGAUUGGGUGUAAUGAUUUUGUAGUUGUGUUUAUUAAACAUUAUUAAAUAAAAAUGGGUAGAAAUUUUCAAAAAUUUCUUCUUCUUUCUUGGAAGAAUUGGCUGUUACAAUGGAGACAUCCAAUACAAACGCUAAUCGAAAUUCUAGCGCCCGUUUUAUUUGCUGCUCUCUUAGUUCUUAUACGAAGCUUGGUCGAUCCAGAAGAAGAACAGUCGGUGACAUAUGACGAAUUCUCACCGGUUAUUAAUCCCACAAUCAAUAUACCUGACAACUUUUUACAAAAUUUUACUUUCAAUAGCAUAGAGCCGGUAAAACUUUAUUGGUCACCAUGUGGAAAUAGAGAGUUAAAAACAAUUAUGUCUAUUAUCGGUUUCAAAUUCCUACCAUUGCUCUCUCAGGCUUGCGUUAACAACUCCAUAGAAUUACAACGAACAUUAGAACUUCAUAGAGAUAAUAUGUUUGCGGGUAUUCAAUUUGAUGAUGCAUUAGCUGACGCUGAUCUGAUUUCUGACGACAUGGAAGUUGUUUUAAGAUUUCCAGGAGAGUUACGAACCAACGGAAGUGCAACUGCUGUGGUAAAUAAUUGGUUUACUCAUUUAACAUUUCCUAUAUAUCAAAUGCCUGGACCCAGAAACGAUGAUAACAACUACGGGGCAAUACCAAAUUACUACUUCGAAGGCUUUCUAACAUUACAACAUGAGAUUUCCGUGGAAAUUAUUAAUGCACACGUGCGACGAAAAACAAACGUGGAAGCAGAUUUUCCCCCCAUUUUGAUGCAGAGAUAUCCGUAUCCAGCUUGGAUUAGUGACUUUUUAUUAGAAGCCUUGAAAAGUUUUGUAGGAAUUAUUAUAAUGUUGAGUUUUGUUUACACUUGCAUCAAUACGGUGAGGGUAAUUACGAACGAAAAAGAAACGCAGAUGAAGGAAGCAAUGAAAAUCAUGGGUUUGCCAAAUUGGUUGCAUUGGAUGGCAUGGUUCUUGAAAAUAUUCGUCUUUCUUUUAAUCUCUAUUAUUUUGAUGGUGGUGCUGUUGAAGGUUUCUUGGUAUCCAGAUACGCAUUUUAGUGUGUUUACUUAUAGCGAUGGAACUGUACUAUUUGUGUUUAUGUUGUUUUAUAUUCUUUCGACUAUUACAUUCUGUUUCCUUAUAAGUGUUUUCUUUACAAAAGCUAAUACCGCUGCUACAAUUGCUGGAUUGGCAUGGUUCUUAUCUUAUUGUCCAUAUUUGUUUUUACAAGAACAUUACAAUACCUUAUCGUUAUCAGCGAAACUUGCAGCUAUGUUGGGUGCUAACACUGCAAUGGCUUAUGGUUUUCAAUUAUUUGUUAUGUUUGAAGGAACUGGAGAUGGUUUACAAUGGGACACCUUCUUUAGUUCUGUUAACCCAGAUGAUAGCCUAACGUUAGGACAUGUCGUUAUGAUGCUGAUAAUCGAUACAAUAAUUUACUUGUUAAUUGCUUUAUAUGUUGAAUCGGUGUUUCCUGGGGAAUUUGGAGUAGCACAACCUUGGUAUUAUCCAUUUACAGCUUCUUAUUGGUGUGGACAAAGAUAUGUUGGUGUUGAAGAUGUUGGAUCAGACCGAAUAGCAGAAACAGAUAUUUAUGAAAGUGAACCAGUUAAUUUAAAAGCGGGUAUUAAAAUAAAACAUUUAAGAAAGAUGUAUUCUAAUAAGAAGGUGGCUGUUCGCGAUUUAUCUUUGAAUAUGUUUGAAAAUCAAAUUACGGUUUUGCUCGGUCACAAUGGUGCUGGUAAAACAACAACGAUGUCGAUGUUGACGGGAAUGAUUGCUCCAACUGGUGGUACUGCUGUAAUAAAUGGUUAUGAUAUAAGGACCGAAAUGAAUGGUAUUCGUGAUAGUUUGGGAUUGUGCCCGCAGCAUAAUAUUCUAUUUGAUGAAUUAACGGUUAGAGAACAUUUCUAUUUCUUCAGUAAGUUGAAAGGAAUGACGAAUAAACAGGAAAUCGAAGCUGAAAUUAAAAAAUAUACUGAUCUUUUGGAAUUAACUCCGAAGGCUGAUGCAAUGUCAAAAACAUUAUCUGGCGGUAUGAAGAGAAAACUAUGUGUCGGAAUCGCUUUAUGCGGUAAAUCAAAAGUAUGUAUGUUUGAUGAACCAACAGCUGGUAUGGAUCCUGCUGCCAGAAGAGCUUUAUGGGAUUUGAUGCAACAACAGAAAAAAGACAGAACGAUUUUAUUGAGUACACAUUUUAUGGAUGAAGCCGAUUUAUUAGGUGAUAGAAUUGCAAUUAUGGCUGGUGGUCAACUACAAUGUUGUGGAACAAGUUUCUUCCUCAAGAAAAAAUAUGGUGCAGGAUAUUCUUUGGUGAUGGAAAAGAAAUCUAAAUGCAAUGUAAGCGAGGUCACCAAUGCACUUCGAAGACACAUUCCAAAUAUUGAAGUACAAAAUGACAUUGGUUCGGAAUUAACAUAUCUUUUAGCUAAAGAACAAUCUUCGGUGUUUGAAGAGAUGUUGCGUGAUUUCGAAAAUCAAGCGGAUGAACUUGGAAUUGCAACUUUUGGUAUAUCAUUAACAACAAUGGAAGAAGUGUUUAUGAAAGUUGGUGCCGACCAUGGACAAGAAGAAGAAAAUGAUAUAUUAGAAAAUAUUAACGGAAAUGGUACUGUAAUGCGCAAUGGAGAUAACGGUGUGAAACAUUCUUCGGAUACGAGAUUGAACGUAAAUGAUGAACACACAGUAAGCGGUCUUCAAUUAAAAAUAAAUCAAACGAUAGCCAUGAUGAUGAAAAAAGUUUUAUCUACGUUUAGAUCUUGGGUAUUACUUGUGAUUCAAAAUUUGAUUCCGGUAGCAUUCUUGAUUAUUGCUAUUUUGGUAGCUAGAGUUAUGACUAACGACACGGAACCCGCCAGAUUAGACUUAUCCCUAGAUCCAUUUCACAAUCCAAUUACACCAGUUGCUACUGAAGACGUAAAUAACGUGUAUUAUAAAAGAUAUAAGAGAAUUUUAGAAAAUGAUGACCGAGAAGUGUUAGAUUGGCGUACAGAAAAUUUCAUUACGAAUUUGUUAAAGUUGGGUGAAACUAUUAUUACAACCAUAAGAAUGCGUUAUAUCAUAGGAGCCAUUUUCUAUAAAGAUAGAUUUGUUGCUAUGUUUAAUAAUGAACCAUAUCAUUCACCACCACUUGCAUUGCAACACGUAAUGAAUGCAGUUUUACAAGAGCAAAUGGAUUCGGAUAAGUACAACAUAAGAUUUACUAAUCAUCCUCUACCUUACAAUGUCGAAACACAGACUGAUCGAAUGUUUCAAGGAAAUACAAUGGGAUUCCAAUUAGCUUUUAAUAUUGGUUUCAGUAUGGCUUUCGUAUCAUCGUUUUACGUUCUUUUUUACGUAAAGGAACGUGUUAACAAAUCUAAACAUCUUCAAUUUGUCUCCGGGGCAAAUGUGGGCGUUUACUGGGUAACAGCGUAUGUUUGGGACUUUUUAACCUUUGUCUUUACUUCGCUAUGUUUGGUAAUAACAUUGGCGUGUUUCCAAGAACCUGGAUUUGCUACCUUUGAAGAAUUGGGGAGAGUAUUCUUGCUGUUAAUAUUGUUUGGUUUGGCGAUGUUACCACAAACAUAUUUGCUGGCGUUAAGAUUUGAGGUGCCAUCAACUGGAUAUACUCGUUUAACACUGAUUAAUAUUAUUUUGGGUGUUGCUGCCUUUAUGGUUGUACAAACAUUGUCAGUACCAGGAUUGAAUUUAGAGCACGUUGCAGACGCAUUACAUUGGGUAUUUCUUUUAGUGCCACAUUACGCUGUGGCCAGUGGGGUUCAAGAUAUGUACACGAAAUUUACCAUCAAUACUCUUUGUGAUCGUUUGGAGGAAAUUAGUAAAGGUUUUGCUUGCGAAACUACUGAGAUGUGUUGUGAUAACAAUGAAUUAUAUCUUGCGUGGGACCAAAAUGGAAUUGGAAGGAAUAUUACAUUCUUGUUCAUAACAGCUACAGUUUUAACCGUGCUAUUAUUGUUAAUAGAAUUCAGAGCAUUUGAAAAAGUUACUUAUGCCUUUAGAAAACAAGUAGCUCGCACUCCUCCAUCCGAUGACGUGGAUGAUACUGAUGUAUUAGAAGAAAAGAGAAGAGUACGGGAUGGGGAGAUUAAUAAAAAAGAUUACAGUGUUGUUUUAAAAGAUGUUACAAAAUACUACGAUGAUUUCUUAGCUGUUAAUCAAUCUUGCUUGGGUAUUAAAGGAGGUGAAUGUUUUGGAUUACUCGGGGUUAACGGUGCUGGUAAAACAACCACGUUUAAAAUGAUGACGGGUGAUAUCCCAUUAUCCAGUGGUGAUGCUUGGAUUUAUGGAUUAAACGCUAAAACUGAAAUGAAAAGUGUUCAUAAACACAUAGGGUAUUGUCCCCAAUUUGAUGCUUUAUUAGAUGAUUUAACUGGAAAAGAAACCCUAAUUAUGUACUGCUUGUUGAGAGGCAUCACCCUUGAAGAAAGUAAAUACAUCGCGGUUAAUUUGGCUAGAGAAUUUGAUUUUUAUAGACACAUUGACAAGCAAGUGCGUGAAUACAGUGGUGGUAACAAAAGAAAAUUAAGUGCAGCCGUUGCAUCGAUUGGAGAUCCCCCGAUUGUAUUUUUGGACGAACCAACUACCGGUAUGGAUCCUGCAACAAAACGUAACUUAUGGAACACUCUCUGUCGUAUCCGAGAAAGCGGAAAAUGUUUAGUGUUAACUUCUCAUAGUAUGGAAGAAUGUGAAGCUUUAUGUACAAGAUUAGCCAUCAUGGUUAAUGGAACAUUCAAAUGUCUUGGUACCACCCAGCAUUUAAAGAAUAAAUUUUCGCAAGGUUAUACUUUAACCGUAAAGGUUCAAAGAAGUAAUGCGAGCGCAGAUCUCGAAACUGCAGAUACAGAGCCCAUAGAAAGAUUCGUGAAAAGUAAUUUCCCAUCAGCUAUUUUAAGGGAAAGUCAUCAAGAGUUAAUGACUUUUUAUAUCCCUGACACGGAAUGUUUGAGGUGGUCUAAAAUGUUUGGAAUUAUGGAGCAAGGAAAACAAUCAUUGAAUAUUUCGGAUUACUCUUUGGGUCAAUCGAGUUUAGAACAAGUGUUCUUACAUUUCACGAAAUUCCAACGUGAAGAAUAAAAUUGUGAUGCUUUAAAUCAAUUAUAAAUGUAAGUUUAAAUGUUUAAUUUAUAUUUUAAAUUAUAUUAGAUGGCAGAAUUUGUACUUAAGUAAGACGAUGUAAGAUCAUAAGUGCAAAGAGAUGUACGUGGCUUUGUCACGGUGAUAUGUAAGCAAGAGAUAUGUUAUUGUAAGUAUUUCAAAUAUGUAUCUUUAUGGAGAACUAAUUAGAUUCAUUAUAUUUCAAAAUUAAUAAAGAAUCUUAAAUAUUAUUGAUCUAAAA